CACACAACCGGUCAAGUAUUGACCAGAUGCAAAUAGUUCUUCUUUGUAGAGAGCAAGAUUUCAAGUAUUUUGGUCAGGAAUUGGUCAUGGGAUGCUUGGUGAAAGACCUUAAAGACCUUGAGACCAAUGGCAUAGUGUUACCUGAUGGACAGGUAUGCAAAGGAAUCUUACGAGCCAUUGCAGGAGACAACCUGGGUUCACACAACAUUGGAGGUUUUCUUGAAAAUUUCAGUGGCAUGCAAUGACCACUGUAGAUGAAGACCUAAGGGGCAUCCUCCUCAGAGCUUUGCCUACCAUUUCUGAAGGCACUCAACAGGCAUUGAUAGAUAAGCUAUUAAGCUGCGGACUGGAAUCUACACAAGACCUGAAAUAUGUAACUCAAGAAGAUACUGCUUACCUACUGCCGGCCAUUCAAUUACGAAAGCUCAUGGAAGCAUUUAAAAAUGAGACAGAGGUGGUCACUUUGGACUUGCAAAUGAUACCUUCCCCUACCCCAGCAGUCAGCAGUCCUUCAGCACUUCCUUGCUCCAGUCCAUCAAGUGGACUCUCACUCUCAAAUCCAGAAUCUAGCAGCUCAGAAGACUGUGCGCCAUCCUCAAUUAUCAGAAAAACAUGGCCAGAGACAUUUCAGGUGCCAUGGAACCUCAUGCCUGUGGAAAUUCGUUCAGCAGUUGCUAAUGUCAAGAGACCUUCACCUGCAGCACGGCGACAGAUGGUCAGAGUUUUGGCAGAUGAGAUAAGGAGACAUGAGCUAAACCCAACACGCACACAAUGUGUCACUGUCUGCCGAAACAUCAUCCACUAGUACCCUCAGAGUUUUGCUGAUCUGCGUGACAAUGGUCAGCUACUGGGAGAUGGCUAUACCUCACUCUUAAUUCAAAUGAAAAACCGAAUUGAAAAUCUGAACCGCGCCAGCAGCUUUCGCCAACACCGUUCAUCUGGUGAUGGACUAAAGAGAGGGCCUACUGAUACAUAUGGGUGCACCAGAUUCCAGCCCGACCUCCCACCAGAGGAGACAGAUGAAUCAGUAGAGCAGAAACGUCAACGGAUGGAGGAUAUAUAUCACAGAGAUGGUAUAAAUGGGUCUGAAAGAGCUAAAGUAAAGCAGCUCGUGGAAUCAACCUUCUGCUUGCAACGUCGGCAAAUAAAUGCAUUACCAGCACCAGCCAUUACAGAUUUAAGAGAGCAAUGGCCAUACCUUUUCACACAGAAAGGGCUUUAUGCUCAUUUUGAACUUCUUACUGAUAUUAAAGUGCUGCGUGCACUUGAGAUUGCCAUUGAGGAGUGUGGAAGAGCCAUCGUGGAGUUCUUCAGCAACAAACCCACCAAUGCAGAUGCCAGGGCAGUCCUUUCACUGGGUCCAAACCUCGAGCUGUCCUUGUGUGUUAUCCAAGUUCUGAUGGCUCACUUCUCUGAGAGCCUGGAAGGGCUGAUCCUUCUUGCAAAUGCAUCUGCCAUGACAGCUGAUGUAGAAAGGACACUCGCACUACCUGCAACUCCUCGACUGAUACUCCUUGUUUCAGGUGAAACACCAGGAAGCUGUAUUCACCACUGGAUGAUGAGCCUUGAGUUUGUGAAGGCAUCCAGCCAACUUUUCUGUCUGGGCUUGCUGCUGUCUUUUCUACUUACUACACCUUCAAUCUUCAGUACCAAGAUGAUGCUGCAUGCACACUGGAAUUCAUUCAAAGGCGUUUCAUCGGGAUAAAUCCUGAGAGAGGCACCAAGGCUGGACGAGGCAAAGUCGCCCAGAAAAAGAUGACAUCAGUCAACCCUCGUGUCUCCAGUCUACUAAAGAAACUAAUGGACUUUGAGUGGGACUUUAUAUAAGUCAGUGAACCCAGUCAUUCACACACACACACACACACACACACACACACACACUCGCUCAACUCACUCAAACUCACACAACACUCACAUACGAACACUAUCUCACACACACACACUCUCUCUCACACACACACACACACACACACACACACUCAGUACACA